AAGACCGUGCGGUUAAAAGCCUGAAAAUCAAAAUCAAGGCAAACUUGCACGUUCAACUCAGAGCCCAAGAAAAGAGACAUCUUCACUGACCAACUAGGCGGCUGGGGACAGAGAGUGACCCGCUGGGCCGGCACCGCCGCCCAUACUCAAGAUGGCAUCGGCCUGAGAAUCACCGGCGAGGCCGCCCCGUUUCGGUUCCGGGUUCUUUCGCCCCAGUGGUGGCGUUGUAGGGCUGAAGGCUGGCAUCCUGUCCGGCUUCCGGACCCGUCUCUAUGGUGCCGGAGAGACCGGGCCUCAGAAGAUUGUGGGGGUAGUGGCCAGAGUAUCACGGGGGAGGCGAGGGUGGUUGGUGUCAACAGGGGGCGAAGAGGGGACCGAAGCUAAGAUCCUCGGCCGCCUCCCCCGCCGCCCUCCCACAGGUUUGCUUGGCUUUGAGGAGGAGCUGCAGUACCCCUGCCUCACAGCCUAAGGGAUGGGCUCAGAGAACAGCGCUUUGAAGAGCUAUGCCCUGAAGGAACCACCGUUCACCUUACCCUCUGGACUUGCUGUUUACCCCGCUGUAUUGCAGGAUGGCAAAUUCGCUUCGGUUUUUGUGUAUAAGAGAGAAAACGAAGACAAGGUUAAUAAAGCUGCCAAGCAUUUGAAGACACUUCGUCACCCUUGCUUGCUAAGAUUUUUAUCUUGCACUGUGGAAGCAGAUGGUAUUCAUCUUGUCACUGAGCGAGUGCAGCCUCUGGAAGUGGCUUUGGAAACAUUGUCUUCUGCAGAGGUCUGUGCUGGGAUCUAUGAUAUAUUGCUGGCUCUUAUCUUCCUUCAUGACAGAGGACAUCUCACACACAACAAUGUCUGUUUAUCAUCUGUGUUUGUGAGUGAAGAUGGGCACUGGAAGCUGGGAGGAAUGGAAACAGUCUGUAAAGUUCCUCAGGCCACACCAGAGUUUCUGAGGAGUAUUCAGUCAGUAAGAGACCCAGCAUCUAUCCCUCCUGAAGAGAUGCUUCCAGAAUUCACAACUCUGCCAGAGUCACAUGGACAUGCUCGGGAUGCCUAUUCUUUUGGGACAUUGGUGGAAAGUUUGCUCACAAUCUUAAGUGAACAGGUUUCAGCGGAUGUUCUCUCCAGCUUUCAACAGACCUUGCACUCAACUUUGCUGAAUCCCAUUCCAAACUGUCGGCCAGCGCUCUGCACCCUCCUGUCCCAUGACUUCUUCAGGAAUGAUUUUCUAGAAGUUGUGAAUUUCUUGAAAAGUUUAACAUUGAAGAGUGAAGAGGAAAAAGCUGAAUUUUUCAAGUUCCUCCUGGACAGAGUCAGCUGCCUGUCAGAGGAAUUAAUAGCUUCACGGCUGGUGCCUCUUCUGCUUAAUCAGUUGGUGUUUGCAGAGCCAGUAGCUGUUAAGAGUUUUCUUCCCUACCUCCUUGGCCCCAAAAAAGACGGUGCGAGGGGAGGAGCCCCCCGCCUGCUCUCACCAGCCCUGUUCCAGGCGCGGGUGAUCCCCGUGCUGCUGCGGCUGUUUGAGGUGCACGAGGAGCACGUGCGGACGGUGCUGCUGUCUCACCUGGAGGCCUACGUGGGGCACUUCACCCAGGAGCAGCUGAAGAAAGUCAUCCUGCCCCAGGUAUUACUGGGCCUGCGUGAUACCAGCGAUUCCAUUGUGGCAAUUACUCUUCACAGCCUGGCAGUGUUGGUCUCUCUACUUGGACCAGAGGUGGUUGUGGGAGGAGAAAGAACCAAGGUCUUCAAAUGCACUGCACCAAGUUUUACUAAAACUGUGGACCUUUCCCCACAAGAUUCUCCCACGCACGUCGUCUGCAGCCAGCGCAGUCAGAUCUCACCUGUCUUGAAGAACCCCUCCUCUAGCAUAUUCCCUAAAUGUUUUUCUGGCAACGUGCCCAUCACCAGCAAGAAGCACAUACAGCGAGAUUACUACAGUACUCUUUUACAGACAGGCGAUCAGUUUUCUCAGCCUAUUAAAUUUCCCAUCAACGGAAUCUCAGAUGUGAAAAUCACCUCAGGAGACAGUGAAAAGUUCCCGUCGAGUUCUAAAAAGUCUGAGGAGUGGCCUGACUGGAGCGAGCCUGAGGAGCCUGAGGACAAACCUGUCGACACAGAGAUUUGCCCUGCAGACCCCCAUGCUGCUGCCAGGUCGCCAUUCACCGACUUGAAUGCAGAGGCGGCGGCUUGGGAUGACUUUGAGCCCAGCGGUGUAGAUACUGAAAUAAACCCAGGAGGUGGAAUCACGGCUGCAAGACCUGUCACCUCAGGGGAGCAAAAGGCCACUCCUACUUUGCGUCCACUCACUGAAGAGGCCAAGCCUUUGAAAUCAAGCCUACCCCAAAAGACCAGUCUUGCACGAAGCAGGGAUGACCCAGACCAAACCAAGCCACCAAAAGUGUCGUCACAAGAAAGGCGCCUUAAAGCUCCAUCAGAACUUGGUUUAGGAGAGGAGUUUACCAUACAGGUGAAAAAGAAGCCAGUAAAAGACCCAGAGUUGGAUUGGUUUGCUGAUAUGAUCCCAGAAAUUAAGCCUUCAGCUGCUAUUCUUAUUUUACCUGAACUGAGGACAGAAACAGUAGCUCCCAACAAGGAUAACGUCUCAUCAGUGAUGCACUUUUCCUCAAAAUUUGCUGCAGCAGAAAUUACUGAGGGAGAGGCUGCAGGCUGGGGAGAAGAUGGCGACCUGAACUGGGAAGACAAUACCUGGUGACAACGGGUGUGAGUUAAUCUUUAGGAAAAUGGAUUCCUUUUUUAAAAAAUCAAAUACCUCAAAAGCAGGCUCUGCAGACAAGAAAACCCAAAAGCAUCCUGUUUUUCUCAUACCAGGAGCUCUUUUUCCAGUCAGUGCCAACAGAAGUGUGAGACCUGGCGUGCUGGCGGGGAGCCCUGGGCGGUGCAGAGGUUCACAGCCCUUCUCAGAGGAAGAGGCUGUGUGUCUGACUGAGGCCAGUUUCUGUGAAGAGCAAGUGGCUGUGGAAAGGUUGACCUUACUGCUUUUUUCCAGAACAAUUCUGGAAGUAAAGAAAAUAAAUACAAACACUCAAGCUGAUUAGCUUAAUUUUGUGCUAUUUCUUUGUCAGAAGAGUAAGCUCUAUUAUGAAAUCAACUUAUUGAAAAAAUUUUAGCUAUAAAGUAUAUAAAUGAUUUUAAAUUGCUAAGGUUUCCUUAGGCAGUUUGUUUACAGAUGUACUAUCUGAGUGAGUUACCGACUGUUCCUGUAUUAUUACCUUGUACCAAAGCUCUUCAUGAGAUAUAUCCCCACCAUCCUGUUCUCUAAAUGUCCAAUAAAGACUAUUUUAACUAGAA